UGAAACCUCUAUUUCGGGCGGGUUUAUUCGAAGUCAAAACAAGAUGGAGUUGACGUCUGCGUUACAGUUUUUGAAGUUAAACGAAAUCCCACAAGCCUGGGUCAAUGCAGUGUGGGAUGCAGAGUUUACAGAGAUGAAGCUGAUGGAAGAUAACAUAGAAGAGGAGCUGGUAGCUUGUGGAGACCAAGCUUUCAGAAGUUUGUACACGUGUCUAAAGGCUUAUGCAUCUCAACAACAGACUUCAAGCAGAGAUGAUGGUUCACUGGUAAAUAGUAUCUGGACAGAGCUGAGUGAGAAUGGAGUCUCAAUGAAGUCUCUGAUGGCAGUGCUGUCCUUCUUUGUCUUGAGAGGAAAAAACAAGUCAGCUACUGUUCGACAGAGGGUAGGCUGCCUGCACGCUGCGUCCCUCUAUCUGUUACUGCUUGGAAUCCCAGGAAGCAUUUCCAACCAAGUUUUUCAUGAAAUUUUGCUGGACACUUGCUUGAAUACAUCAUCUCAAUGCUGGCCUCAGGACUUUGGCAAGAAACGCAAGAAGGACACUCUCAAGUGUUCUCAGGCAGAGGGCAAGCGCUCCAAACCACAGCGGAAGGAAACUCUUGAGCUUCAUAUGGAUGUGGAUGAAGAAGAAGAAGAGGAGGAAGAAGAGCUUCAUUUCUCCUGCCAAGAUCUGAGCAAGAUCAGAGAAGCACUGGUUCUUCUGCUUCAAAGUCUUCUAAGACUUCUGCAGACAUUUGCACUCAAAGACAAACCACAAAGUUCCAGCAGUUGCACCCAGCUUUUUAGCAAGCUGCUUUACUUUGAGCCAGUCAUUAGCGAGCUAAGUUUUGAUGCUGGGAAAGAUGUCACAAAACUGCAGAGCAUCCCAGAGAUGGCUUUUUAUGGCUUGCAGCUGCUUUGCACACCAAAACAUGGAGACCAGAGAGAAUCCUUGCGGAAGGUUUUCCACCAUCUUCUUUACGUGAUCUUGAUGAUGAAUAAAGGGGACAGAAAGACGCCAACCUUGCUUGUGCCUAGUCAAGCAAUUCUCACGACACGUAAUCAAGCCAUCCAAUUUGUGUGUCAUAUUGUGGAAGAGAUGAAAGACCUGGCACUUCCUUUUGUACAAAUCCUCCUGCAGCACAUCUGUUACCAGAUGGUGGAGAAAAGUGAGUUUCGAAGUCAUGGAGCCCAGGCUGUUGGUAUGCUAACAUCGCCGUUGUCAAAUGCAGACUAUGCCUGCUUUAUCAAGUGGUUGUAUAAGUUCUCAAGACACUCAAAGAUGGCGUCUCGCCUGUUCUCUGUGGAUGUGGGGAUGGUUCUCCUGGGGCAGCCAGAGAGGGAUAAUGAGGAUUGUAUUGAUCCAGAGCUUGCCUGCUACCUGCCUCACAAGUUUCUGAUCCAGAGCCUGUUGUUUGCUCGGCGUUAUGACCAAUCGCCCACUGUCCAAGGCCACGCCCUAACAUGCUUGGCCCAGUGUUUGGAGUUGCCUUCACUCAACGCCACCCGUGCUGUUCAAAGCCUCUUCUGUGCCACUGUGACACAGUCAGUGCUGGAAGGGGAAACUACAGUAGGCAGUCUCCAGCAGCCUCAAAGUACCUACCGCUCUUUGCCCUUUAGGACUGUGGAGAUCAGCAACAGCGAUACCAUGGUCUGUGAUGCAAAAGAGAACCUGUCUCUUCUUUUGCGACGUGUUCAAAACUCUAAGACAAAUGUGAGGAAAUCGGCCCUACAGGCCCUGGUGGGUCUUCUUAAACAUGAUGUGAUCCCUUUGAGCCGGGAAAACCUGUCUGUGCUGUCGGAGCGCUGCAGAGACCCAGCUGUAUCUGUGAAGAAGAAAGCAUUGCUCUGUGUGGGAGAGUUGCUUAAUGCUAAACCCGAUUGCAGUACUGUGCAGAAGGCAUGGCUGGAGGGUGUGGUUGCAGCCGUGGUGGACCCUGAGAGCUCCGUCCAAGAGAAGGCCCUGGAGGCUCUCGAACAGGUCUUGCUCAGCCAGAUCAAUGUGUACUCUGCCAGCCGCCACCUGGAUAGCAGUCAGAGGCUCACCUGGAAUCUGCUCAAUCUGCUCUGUGAUGAGUGUCAGAACCUCAGCCAGUACUUCAGCCGGGCCUUCAGCAUCUGGUCCAAACAAAACAAGUUCACUACCACAUUCAUAACUAACCUGAUCUCACACACGGAGGCUGAUCACGGUGCCGGAGCCUGGCUGCUGCUUUCUAAGGUUGUGGCUGCUUCACCCAAAAUCCCCUAUGGAGUUAUCCUGGAUGCCUGGGACAGCAUGGUCAGUUCAAAAGAUGUGAGUGCUAGAACUUGUCACAUUCUGUGUGUGAUCGGGGAGAUUUCUGCUCACUUAAAUGAAGAUACCAAGGAAAGGAUAGUUGAUGAUCUUAUGUCUUGGUUGAAGACCUUUACAAUGUCUCCUGAGGUGAUCAGUGCUGCUAUCGAGACUCUUCAUCAACUUGGCAGCAGUGAAGAUGUCAAGCAAACCCAGGCUUUCCUCGAUCAUCACUGUGGUGAGCUUGUGUCACUUUGUGAGGUUUAUCUCGCCAGCAUCAUACUGAAUGAAAGUGGAGCACAGAACAUCAAUGAGGAGCUAAUGGUAAGAUACCUCCACACCCUGGGAGUUGCAUCUCUAAACUGUCCUGUCAGAGUGUCCAAAAGGGUGGUUUUGCUGGUCGAAUCUGUUGUCACCACACAUUCUGACAAGCUUCCAGACCUGGAUGAACUGCCAAAUUCAGUACCUCUGUCUCAAUUCAAAGCAAACUCUCUGCCUACCAGAGUCCGAGCACAUGGCGUCAUCACUUUGGGUAAGCUGUGUCUGCAGCAUGAGGACCUGGUACAGAAGUACCUUCCCGUGUGGGCCAGGGAGCUGGAGGUCGGUACAGAAGUGGCUUUACGCAACAACGUGGUGGUGAUCAUGUGUGAUCUAUGUGUUCGAUACACAAACAAAGUCGAUCAUUAUAUACCCAACAUCUCUGCCUGCCUUCGAGACAAUGACCCAAUCAUCAGGGAGCAGACUCUCAUCAUGUUGACCAACCUCCUCCAGGAGCAGUUUGUGAAAUGGAAAGGUUCUCUUUUCUUCCGCUUCAUGGUGAUGCUUGUUGAUCCUGUGCCAGCUAACGCCAGUCUGUGUGAAUACUGUUUGCUUCACAUACUGCUGAAGAAGAACACAGAAAUGUUUAGUCAGCAUUUCAUUGAGUGCAUUUUCCACUUCAACUCCUACAGUGGACACACAUCCUACAACAAGUUCCCUCAGACUAAGAGUGAUAAAGUCCGGUUCUCCCUAAAAGGGCCUCAACACCGUGAGAAACGCUUUCGGAUUUACCGGUUUUUACUGGAGCACUUUACUGAUGCUCAGCGCUUCAACAUCACCAACAAGAUCAACCAAAAUGUAUUAGCCCUUUUCGCAGAUGAAGAGCUGCAUCUUGAUGCAGAGGGUGCAGACAUUUUAUCAGAGACCUUCAACAUACUGACUCUAAAGGAGAUGAAGUUGCAAGUCAUGUCUGCUCCCCAUGGAGGUGCGGCUGUUGAGGAAGCCGAAGAGGAGAACGCGGCCGCUAUGGCCAAAGUAGUCAUCCAGGCAGCUCAAAAUAAGGUGGUGUCUCAGGUCAGGAAGAAGGCUUUUAUAGAGAACACUGUUCCUCUUAUUAUCAGCCUGAAACACUUACUGGAGAGGCAACGCUCUUCUGUCCUCAAAGAUCUCAUGGUCUACCUCCAGGUCACAAUGCAGGACUACCGUAAUGAAGUCAAAGAAUUUUUCGCUGGAGAUGAGCAACUAGCAGCAGAAGUGGAGUUUGCUCUGAGGGAAGCUGAGAAGCAGAGAGAAAUGGAAAAGCAGAUGGACAACUGCAGCCUUAUGGAAGACCCUCAAAUGCCUACUGCUCAGGCUUCGCUCCAAGACUCUAUCAAGCCUAGGCUUCUUCUUCCUCUCAACUUUGCCACACCGCAGCCAUCACGUCCAAGUCCUGUGAAUGCUCGACUGACACUGACUGAGAAGCAUGUGCAUUUCCGUGGAAGAUGCAGGCCUGAAGAAGAUUUAGAGUCCAUGGUUCUGGAUAAAACAUUGAUGCAUGCAGGUGCUGCAAAGAACAGAGCCAUCAGCACACCCAGAGAUUUUGGAAUCAACGUAACGUUUGAGGGUGGAUUCAGCGCCAUUUACAGUGAAACAAGUCAUGAUGAAGAGAACAGUGUUCUUCAUGUCCUGUCAGAACAAACUUCUGGACUGAGGCAGUGGAACGUGCAGUCACCACUCCGUCAGAAAAAGAAAGCCAUUUCUUAGUUCAACUCUGAUUGUGACUUUAACUCUUUGCAUGUUUAAUUUUUUAUUUUUUUUUGUCCAGCACACUUUGUCCUUUCUUUUUUGUAUUUGGUAAAUCGCAUUUACACAUAACAUAUUCAUACUUUGCAUGUUAUUUUUAUAAACAUCAUGAGAAUAGUUUCGCUUAUUUGGAAAAUGCUUAUUAAAUUCAUUAACAUUCAAAAACAAGUUUACACUUGCACAAUUCAACAUGAUAUGUGUAAAAAAUGGCGGUGUAGGAUAGUAAUAUAAUUAACACAAAAGUCAAACUCAAGUCAAGUCAAACAGUGCUGCCUCUGUGCUAUGGCAGGAUUUAAAACCUGACUGGAAUUUCUUGUGAUGUCAUUUAGCUCAAGGUAGGAGAGUAGUUAGCUGUGAGCCAUGUUUUUUUUUUUAAACUUGAUAUAAAAAAAAGAUAGCUUAGAAAAAUAGUUCAGGGGUGUCCAAGCUUUUUCUACCACAGCUGCAUACUGAAAAAGUAUAUAUUGUUUUUUUAAUGCUAAUGCAAUAUAUAGAUUUGUUUCACCAAGGUUCUCCUCAAGUUUGGUUCGGGGACGUGGAAGGGUCUCAGUCAUAUAAAUGUUGAAAAUAAGUUAUAUAUUAUGUUUUUUAUUAUUUAUUCAACCCUAAAUCUCUAGAUCAACUUAAGGUCUGUUGAUAUCGUUUUUUUUAUUUUAAUGGCAACACAAUAUGCUAUAUUUUCCCCGCCAAACAUUUCAUAGUGGAAUAUUUUAAUUGGGCCCCUUAAGUCAAUAUUUCAUAACAUUGAUUUUAAUUUAUUUUUUAAGCAAUGACAGUUUAAAAAAUAAUGUCCCAUUAAAUUCUUAGGUAUCCAAAAGAGCCCAACUCAAAGUAUUAAGUCAUAUAUAUAUAUUUUUUUUUACUUUCAACGCUUAAGCCUCUAGAUCAACUUUAGAUUUAUCCGUCAAUCAUACGUUUGUGUUUUGUGUCUGUUUUAUGCCCUUUUGGUCGAAGGAAACUUGUUUUUUAUUUGGAAAACAAACAUUUUCCCAGAGGAGUAUUUCAAAGUACUGGUAAAUUUGUACAUGUAAAGUAAUUAAAGCAUUGAAUAGGUUAACAAUUGAUAACAUUUGAGUUUUUUUUAUUAAUUUUUUUUCAAAAACAUUUUUAAUAGUGAUUGUAGAAUGUACCACAGGCUGUUAAAAAUUAGCUGCAGGCCACAACUGUUCCCUAGGCCAUACUUUAGACACACCAGUAAUAGGCCUAUAAUUACAGUUCUCAGUUGCUCUUCAUAAUAGGCUGAACAGCAUGUUUAAGUACAACUGGGACAGAGAGAGAUCAGUGAAUAGUUGAUUAACAACUCAUGGACCAAGUGUAUUAAACAUCCCUUAAGGAACUGCACAUUUGUUUUGAAUAUUGCAUAUGAGUCACAAUCCUUAUGUAAGAUAAGAACACGUUUUUCCUUUUUUUAAUGCAUUCUAAAUAGUAAAUACAUGCGGUCAAAAGUCAGCUUACAAUGGAGCCAAUGGCGUCACUCUAUUCUACCAAUAAAGCGCUGUAAAAAAAAAAACAUCCAAACACCUCCAUUAAGGUUUUAUAUACAUGCUGUAAGUAUAUAUGGAAUGUACCUAUGAAGGUUCUCAUUCAUCCAGGUCGUUCAAUAGUUCGCAACUAGACUGCUUGGUUUGUCUUAGAAGAUGUUUCUAAGUCCAGAUGUGACCAUUCUAAGUCUAUGAGCACGAACUGAUUAAGCCUACUCAGAUGAGCGACAAAAGGUCUUCCAAGACAAAUUAAGCAGUCCAGUUGUGAACGACACAAAAAGAAGCUUGGUUCUAACCCUUCUCUUCGUGAGGAUUAGGAGUCAUUCUUCAUCUAAAUGGUGUUACGAUCCGCUGCCCGGAUCAUAGUUUGUUUAUGUUUGAGUCACGUGUUUUCAGCACCUUGCUUUUGUUUGUUUUCAGUUGCCAUGUCAACCGAUUACAUUCACCUGCCUCUGGUUAGUGUUCGGGACGCGCACCUGUUGCCCGGGCACUAAUCAGAGGGCUAUUUAGUCUUUGCCCUGGCCUCACUCGGUCUGGCUUCCUAGUUUGUUCUUACACAACUGAUGACGACGAUUAUUUCCUGUUUCUUAGCUACUAGUUCUCACGCUAGGCUAUUUUGGUUUGCUAGCUCCCACGCUAGCCCUUUUGUUUUGCCUUUUGUGCUACGUGCAUGUCUUUUUGUUUAUUCAUCGUAUGAUUUAUAUUGUAAAUAAAUCAUAUUCCUACCUGCAAGCUGUGUCCGAAGCCGUCUAGCAUCCCUGGGAGAACCACAUCCGCAUCACGAUGCGACCAAGUCGUCACAGUAGGAAGCCAGCAGAAGACAAUUCUCCCGCACCGGCUAACGAGGAGUGGGACGAAGGUACGCUCAUGGUGUUGCGAGCGAUGGAAGCCGAGACGCUUCGCUAUUCGACGGAGGAGAGGUCGAAACUCAUGUGGGGAGCUGGAGGCUCUCUUAUCCCCAUCGACUCCCUCUGGUCGGAAGACAUCGCCGCUACACCGCAGUACCGUGCGCGCCAUCAAAGACGGAAGCCGGCCAGAAGGUCUUUCCCUCGCCGCCAAGACGCGCCGCUCCUGCAAACUCCUCCCCCGGACCGAAGAAAGCUACAUGCAGCUCAAGCUCCCCCUCCUCAGAUGUUUGGCAACCCAAUAGACCACUUCGCCAAACAGUUUUCCGAUUGGGCUGUCAGUCACAUGGACAAUUGCAACAAUGACGUCAUUUCAUUGGCGCCCCCCGAAGAGGUAACUCCGCCCACUCCCGAUGACAUCAUUGAGCAAGAAUUUUUUUUCCCAUCUUCUAAUUCUUUAUGUCAGCCAAUUCAAAAUGACUUUUAUUCUAAGAUAAAACAUUAUCAGGACAUUUUUGUUAAGUUCAACUCUAGUCAGUCACUUUCUGAUUUUUCAAACUCCACCUCCAGUGACUUUGGUUCCGCCCCAGGGACUAUUGCUCCGCCCACUGCACAUAUUUGUUCCCCCUGUGCUCCCACCCAAUCUCAAGUGGGGGAUGAUGAUAGUCAAUUUGGACAAUUUAAAGUGGAGGAAUAUACCCCCCUCCAUACCUCCCCCCACCCACCCUUGAAGACGGUUCCAAACCACAAAGAGCGCGUCUGGUAUCCGCGUCUUGAGGGGGGGGGGCUAGUACUGGGAACUGUGCUAGUGCAGUGGCACAACUUCGGCGUGCUAAGCCGCAACCUCCUGCACGGCCACCGCCAACAGUUUUUCGGCGUGCUAAGCCGCAACCCCCUGCACGGCCACCGCCACCAGUCUUUCGGCGUGCUAAGCCGCAACCUCCUGCACGGCCACCGCCACCAGUCUUUCGGCGUGCUAAACCGCAACCUCCUGCACGGCCACCGCCACCAAUCUUUCGGCGUGCUAAGCCGCAACCUCCUGCACGGCCACCGCCACCAGUCCUUUGGCCUGCUAAGCCACAACCGCCAGCUAGGCCACCUCCAGCUGCACCUCGGCUAGCACCUGUUCCUGCACCUCGGCUGGUUCU